AUGGAUGAUGGAGCGUUUGAAGACCAUGCCUUGCGAGAGGCUCAGCGGGAGUAUUUGGAUUUCCUGGAUGAUGAUGUGCGCUGCCAUUUGUAUUUACCAUUAAAACUGAGUGUUCAUUGUGGCCCAUUGUUCAUAGUGUGUUUAAUUCAGGAGAUGUCCCUCAAUAUCACCAACGUAUAAGAAAUAUUCAAGAAUAUAGCAGUAAUAUCUGACCAAAUGCAAAACAACCUUCGAGAAUACAAUGUUAAAUAUCACUGGUUUAAAUGGAGUUUCAAAGCUGAUUCCUGCCCUAGACCCAGUUAUUAAUUAACAUCCCUUUUCUAGAGUAUAUAUUUUGGUGUCAUCUCAAAAUACGCUAAUCUUUUUAUGAAAUUCCAGAGAAACGUUUAGUAGAUCUAUUGUUUGCUUUUCCUGAUGCCUGAUGUACUAUAUUAUCUCUCAGCAAGAUCAAGGUGUAUAUCAUGGGAAAGUAAAGGACAUGAUUGGGGCCAAUGAGCACCGGCUAAUUAUCAACCUGAAUGAUCUGAGGAAGAAGAAUGAGAGGAGAGCCAGCACGUGAGUUACACACAGGGGUAUAUGUAGCAUUGGGGGUCACUGAUAUGGACACUACAGUAUUCUAGUCCACAUCAGCAUAGUGGACAAACCAUCUAACCAUGGUUGCAGGAGAGGCUUUAGACUACAGCAAGGUCUUCUCCCAAUCUAUGUCAGCAAUUAAGCCAUUCAGUAAAAAAAAGUCUUGUAUUUGGUUACAAGUUCCUGACCGCCUACUUUUAUAAAUGUAUUGUUAGAACAAGAAAAUCUGUGGUUUUAUUCAGCACAGGUGUCUGAUAUAAAUGAGAAGACUUGUCAAAGGGAUAUAAAACACUCUGCAACUUGUGAAAUAUUCUUAAUUAUAACUUCUAAAUAAUAGAAUGUUAUUUGAUUGAAAGUAAUGCACUAUUAAAUAAAUUUAAUUAUUAAAACCUGCACACCCCAUUUUGCAGGGUUAAGGGUAGUGGGAGUUGGCACCCAGACCACUCCAAUGGGCAGAAGUUGUCUGGGUGCCUGGAGUGUCCCUUUAAUGGUAAUAAGAAGGCACAGGUAUAGAGAUUAGCAAUCUGGCUCUUAACAAUAGUGAGUUUUAUUUAUAUAUAUAUAUAUUUCACAGUCAAUCAAAUAAAUAGCUCUAAGGUUAGGGGGGGGGAAUUAGAUCACUUUUAAUAAGAUAAGAUGAAGGGUGUCCAGGAGCUAAAUUAAUAUACUCUAGUGGUAUAGUAUACCAAAAUUGUUGUACCUAUAUGCUCACAAUGAGAUUAAAUAUCAAGUCCUGAGUGAGUUUGUGUUAAAUCUCAAUAUGAAGAAAUAGUCACCAAGAAUGUAACAAAAGAGUAAUCCCACUAGACUGUGUAUAUGUGUUAUGCACAGUUGUGGAGCCCUAUUGCAAAAGCAAUAUAAUUCACUGAGGGUCAGUAAAUAUAUUAAAAAAAAAAAAAAAAAAUGAAGAACGCACUGGUAGCACAAAGCAGUACAGUGUCCAUGAUCACUGCUUGCUACUAGGCAAAAUAUAAAAUAGAAUACAAAGGAGAGAGAGAGAGAGAGAAGAGAAAAUUGCUUCUUUAAAAAUCCAUUAGUCUUUAAUCAAGUAGAAUAAAUUCAAACAUGUUGAAUGGUAAAAUCAAAUAGAAUAAAAUUGACACCAACAGUAGCUCAAUGUGGCAUGUACAGAUGCCGCAUCAAUAACUCUCCUGGUGGAUGUAAUUAGUGGGAGCUGCAUUCUUCGCUGUGUGGUAUCAGCCGGUCAGGUUGGAGUGUGUUUCAACCAGCGUUCCACCCGAAGCCUCACUCCCAAUUGGAAAUUCCACCAAUAUCAGAGAGAGCUGAUCAUAAGUAGUUGUCAGUGCGAGGACCUAGAUUGUAGAGCAUUGCUGUGGUAAUGUCCAGCAAUAAAGUGGUGAUUGCAGAUUCUCAAUAGAGUUUAGUAUGUGUCCAUAGCCUACCCCUCUAGCUGCGUGGUUGGAAUGCUUUGUGCGACUUGAAACCUGUGUGGAGAAAUAUUUACCCAUUCGGUACCAGUGAACUCUAUGGCGCCAAGCCUCUGCAGACACACAGCCCAUGCAAAUGGCGCUUCAUUAAAUAGAAUUAUAAUUCAUGAUAUCACCCCAGUGCUUAUAGGGACUACUUCAUCUAGGUGACAUUAUGCUGUUUGGAGUUGCAGCGAUGACAUGGACCAAUCAGAAUGCAUGUGAACCUAUUUUAAGCCAGUUACUUGUUGCCAUAUUGUGUUUAUUUUUAUUUGUUUUGGUUACACGUUUAGUAUAUCUAGUGACUCUCUUCUAUUCCUGUUAUUAACCUUGGCUCCAUUUUGACUUUUGAGAAUUUCUGGUAUCCUGACCUGGCUUGUAUAUUGACAUGUGGAUUUCUAUAUUUCUGACCCGUCUUGUUUAUCCAUAUUUCUGUAUUCCUGACCUCUUCUUGUCCUGACUUUGAUUCUUCUUUUUACUAUAUUAAGACUGACCAUUCUAAGGCGAAAAAGACAAACAUUUACUCCAUAAUCAUAACAAUGUAUUCUAGUGUAGGUCAUGGUAUAUUGUUCCUUUUUGUUCCUGCAUGGAUUGGCUUGUAGCUGCAUAGAAGGCUUUACCUCUGCCAUAAAAGCACUGUGUUUACUGCAUAGGUUUAAAAAUUCCAGUGAAGUCUAUCACCUCCUGUCAUCUCCCCAAUCUCUCCCUCUGACAAGUCUUACCCAGUAUUUACUGUUUAGGGGCAAAGCUCCUAUUCUUCUAUUCGGAGUACCUUGUGUAAUUGCUCACUUAAUAUAUUCAGUCUGUAUUCAUCAUAAACCGUUCGCAUUUGGGGUGCAUUCUACAUACAAGCAGAUGGCAGAUCUCUCUCCCUUUUCAUAUAGGAUGCUAUGAAUUGACCAAUGUGCAUACAAAGUAUAGGUGUGGAUGGGGCAAUAAUUUCCCCUUGUGAUGUUUUUGAAUGGGGAGGUGGUCUUUUAGCUAUUUAAUGUGUGUGCGUGGUGUCUGGUGUCUUUAAAAAAAAAAAAAAUUCCCCUGCAGAUUAAGUUAAAAAAAAAUUUUAUUUUAUUUUUUAAUGCUACUAGUAUUGGCAUGUAUCUUCGAGUAUCCUUUUAGCUGUCUUUGUAGUCCUAUCCUAAUUUGUAUCAGUUCUCUAAUUUCAGAUUGCUCCAGAAUGCAUUUGGAGAUGCAAUAGCUUUCCAGAGAGCCUUGAAGGAAUUGGUAGCCUCAAUUGACUCAACAUAUGCCAAGCAAUUUGAGGAGUUCAACGUUGGGUUUGAAGGAAGCUUUGGUGCAAAGCAUGUAUCUCCCCGUACCCUCACGUCUGUUUACUUGGGCAGCUUGGUCUGUGUGGAAGGAAUAGUAACAAAGUGUAUGUUAUUUUUAUAUUCCUCUGUGUCCUAUGGAUAAUUUGUCAUAACCUUUUAUAACCCAGCACUGUAAAUACAUAUUUUCUAGCCUUAUGAUUAUAGGGACGAUGACAUCCAAUCUGUGAAGUACAUUUAUAUAUAUAUAUAUAUAUAUAUAUAUAUAUAUAUCUCAUCAAUGUGAAAUGUAUUUAUUUUUAAAAUUCUUUAUUUGUAAUGUGAUAGUGUGAAUAAUGUGGAAUAAUAAGCAUGGUGGUGGUAGGUGGCAGAAUAGCCACUUUAACUGUAACAUCCGUGGUAACUACAAUAAUGUCCCUGGAAUAAUCUUCAGGGGUGGUCGGGGACUUGUGGGUCUGGAAUUCAGCGAUGAUGGGUAAUACUCCAUCGCCCUCCAUCCCCAUCUCUGCCGCCACUUUGUUGGUAAAAUCUAGCAGGUGUGCACAUGACUCCUUUGGUGCCAUGUCUCCAGGGUUGUCACAGUGUGUGUGUAUGGAGUUGCCGAGACAAAGUCUCCCCUUGGGAUCGAGUCUCUUAGAACCCCACCUCCUGGGUCUCCACUGCACUGAUGUGUGAGGUGAGGCUUUAAAUCUCUGUGCACACUCCAUCCAGAUCAGACUUCUAGUCCUCCCAGAGGUCAAGCAGCAGGUUUUUUUUUUUUUUUUUAAAUAUCAACCUCAUUGGAUGGUGAGGCUUUAGAGUUCGCAGGAGCCAACACAUCUGAUUAGAUGCUUAGCUAGGCAUGCCCCCUGUGAAAUUGUUUUCAUCCCAGAAAGGUGGAGACACAAAUGCUUUUCCUCCUCCAAUACAAUGUGUGCCCUGGACUGUGUAAACAUAACAAAAGUUAAAGCACCACUAUAGUGCCAGGAAAACAAACUUUUUCCUGGCAUUAUAGGGUCAUUAGGUCCCCCCACCCUUAGGGCCUCCCUCCCGCUGGGCUGAAGGGGUUAAAACCCCUUCAGCCACUUACCUUUCUCCAGUGCCGGGCUCCCUCGGCGCUGGGGAACUCUUAUCCCUCUACCGACGUCAAAUCCGAAUGCGCGGCAAGAGCCACGCGUGCAUUCAAACUGCCCAUAGGAAAGGAUUACUCAAUGCUUUCCUAUGGACGUCCAGCGUCUUCUCACUGUAAAUUUUUUUUCACAGUGAGAAGGGCGGAAGCGCCUCUAGCGGCUGUCAGUGAGACAGCCACUAGAAGCUGGAUUAACCCUCAGUGAAACAUAGCAGUUUCUCUGAAACUGCUAUGUUUUCAGCUGCAGGGUUAAAACUAGAGGGACCUGGCACCCAGACCACUUCGUUGAACUGAAGUGGUCUGGGUGCCUCUAUAGUGGUCCAAAUUAGAUUUUCACUGUGUUAUUCAAUGAUUCAACUUCCAAUCUUAUUUUAACAGUUUAGUUUGAAUUAAUAUAAUAUUUGAAUCUGAAUACUUUGGGGGUUGGGGAUAUAUAUACUAAAUUGCUGUUAAGAAUUUGUUCUCUGAUAGUUCAUUAUGGUCUAGUUCAAAAACCAUGAAACCUUUCUCUGCAGGAACUUUCAGUCUCUGCCACAGGGGUGCAAAGAUGGAAGAGAAAAUAUGUAUGUAUAUAUGGUAUAAGCCUUGAUUGUAUCUGAAAAUCUAUAUCUAAUGGGAUAUAGUAUCUUAUUUCCUUUUUAUUCUUAACAUGGAUGGUUUGGCAGACGGGCAGGUUAACACUGUCCAUCUUUUGUCUUGUAUAAUUAACAUAACUAGAAAAGCUACAAUUUCUGGAGAAAUUGUGGGAAGUGUUCUUGCCUCCACCAGUAGUCUACAACUGAAGUGGGCGGAGUAACUGUUAUUUAUUUAUAUAGCACAUUUAAUUGCAACGUUGCCCAAAGUGCUUCACAGUUACAUUAAAACACACAUUUAUAAAAACAUUAGCAGGUGUACAAAAGGCCCUGCCUAUGACAUCACUUGCUGCUCCAGCCUGGCACAGGUCAGAGUAUUUUGGCGGUUGCCAUCUGCAAACGGUCGUAUUUUAAAAAAAUAUAAAUUCUACAGUGAAGAGCUUUAUAUUGUGAGAAUCACAAGACCCAGACCUACAUUUUGAUGCAUAGUAUGUCUCUGGAGUAUUAAAAAUGAAGGCACAGUAGCCGUUUAGAAAUAGCCCUUCAAAUUUGAGCUGUCUAGAGUGGAGUUUCAAUGAAUGUUAAUGGACGGCGUGAGUUGCAAACAAAUGGUCAUUUCGUGAAAAUUAUCAGGACUAUGGCUUAGCCUUUUUAGUGGCAGCAGGGAUAGCUGAACGUUUUGAUAUAAGAUUUGUGUAGGUGGGCUUGAAAAUGAGGGAGUGGUGGCAGUUUGGAAAUCAUGUCCUGAUUUUUCAGCUUUUGCCAGCUCCCACUCUAGCUUUGAACAUUUUGCCAUUUGUUCCUAUGGCACCAAUUUCGCCACAAGAAUGACGAUAUUCCAUGAACCAUUCGGCGAAACGUUCCACAAAGUAAUAGCAAUCCAAUCGGGAACAAUCCACAUGUUUCGUUAUAUUACUGUCUAUGUAGUGUAAAAACUGUGGGAGGAGUUAGGGUGGUAAAUUUGGCAAGAAUAAUAUAUAAUGUGAGAUAACAUUAAGUGGUCUUGCUAUGCAAGAACACAACUAGAAAAGCUAGUUUUUACAUUAAUGUUUUGAUGUAACUGUGAAGUACUUUGGGCAACAACGUUGCAAUUAAAUGUGCUAUAUAAAUAAAUGUUGAAAUGCAUUUCUCACUCUUUCAAGCUUGCCAUGUGCACUUUUUAAAUUUGAUCAAUCAAUUGGUUAGUGUAAUGUUUACUAUCUUUACUCACUCCAAACACUCCACAAAGUUACUCUGCCCAGUUCAACCUUUCCACACCAUUACUCCAGCCACUCCAACCACACAAGUUACUCAGGCCACUCCACCCAGUUUCUCCGCCCACUCCAGUUGUAGAUAAGGAUCAACCGAUCUUGAUUUAUUUUUUUUAGCGCCGAUAGUGAUAAUCUGUGAACUUUCAGGCCGAUAGCCGAUAACUUGCUGAUAUUCUGUACAUUUACCAUUUUGAAAAAAUAAACUAUUUCUAAAGGUAAACAAAAUAUACAUGCCAUGUGUAGUGGAUGCAGUGUGUUUAGACAGGGGAGCUGUGUGUGUUUGUGUAGUGUGUUUGUAGGGGAUGCAGUGUGUGUGUGUGUAUAUGUAUGUGUGUAUAUAUAUAUAUAUAUAUAUGUAUAUGUAUAUGUAUAUGUAUAUGUAUAUGUAUAUGUAUAUAUAUAUAUAUAUAUAUAUAUAUGUAUAUAUAUAUAUAUAUAUAUAAUGCAGAGUGUUUUUGUAGUGUGUGUAGUGAAUGCAGUGUAUGUAUACAAUGCUGUGUGUGUGUGUGUAAUGUGUGUUUGUGUAGUGUUUAUAUAAUGCAGUGUGUGUAGUGUACGUAAAGUAAAUGCAUUGUGUUUGUGCAGUGUGUGUAUACAAUGCAGUGUGUGUGUGUGUGUGUAAUAUGUAUAGUGAAUGCAGUGUGUGGUGUGUGUAGAGUGUAUUUGUGUAGUGUGCAUUAUAUACACACACUACACAAACACUGCAUUAUAUACACACACUUGGCAAACACACUGCAUUAUAGACACACACUUGGCAAACACUGCAUUAUUUAUAUAUAUAUAUAUAAUAUAUAUAUAUAUAUAUAUAUAUAUAUAUAUAUAUACACACACACUGCAUUCACUGUACACACACUACACAAACACACACACUGCAUUCAUUAUAUACACAGUGCUUGUGUAGUAUGUUUAUAUAAUGCAGUGUGUCUGUUUCUGUAGGUAUGUGAUUUGGGGGGAGGGGGUAUUUUUUUUGAAAUUUAAUAAAAUAUAUAAUUAUUUUUCUUCUUACUUGGCCAGGGAGGGGGGAUAUAGCAUUCCCUGGUGGUCCAGUGGCCUGGAAAGUAUAGCGGGGCCCGCAGCAAGCGCUUACUUAUCUUUCCAGCAGCUUCCUGUGUAAAUCUCGUGGCAUGCGUGCCGCGCGGAGCGUUGUCAUGGUAACCCGUGGCAACGCUCUGACAGCCGCGGGUCUCAUGAGAUUUACACAGGGAGCAGAAGGGAUCUGCUGGGAAGGUAAGUAACAGCUUGCUGGGCCCCCCCGGACCGCCGGGCUUGUAAUGGGCCCGGCAGUCCUGGUAUGUAUUAUCGGCAAUAUCGGUAUCUUUAGUGGCCCAUACCAAUAUUGGCGAAAAUACCAAAUAUCGGUAAAACCGAUAAUCGGUAGAUCACUAGUUGUAGCCUACUGGUGAAGGCAAGAACACUUCACACAAUUUUGCCAGAAAUUGUAGCUUUUCUAGUUAAUAUUUUUAUAAUUAAAACUAUUCCACCAAGCCUCCCUACCUUGAGGGCUGGUGUGGGUCUGUCAUUGGGGGUCCAGUGGGGCUGCUGUAGAAUCAGAGGUGGCGAGGGAGUUCUGGUCUCUUAAAGUGAUCAAGGUACCUGGAAUCUGUGUGCAGUGUUUUGUUAUGAAAAGCUGCACUUACCAAGUUCAACACCUUGACUGCCAGAGGUGUAAUUCCAUCCCUGCAGCAUCAUGUGUCACUGGCGAAUAUCCAUUCUGUGCAAAUUUUGAUCUAGUGUCUGAGCUGACUGUUAGUUAAUGAAUGGUUUGACUUUUCAGAGCAGGUUACCGGACCCUCAGAACCCAGUGGGGACCCAAAUAAGCGGUAAACCAUUCCUAGGGAACAGUUUUAGGAUUACAUCAUUUGUACUUUAAUUUUAAGUUUUCUCCCAAUACUACCUGGUGAUCUCUGCCUUCAUACUCCAAAAUGUUGUGUAAGUGAACUAAAAAGUAAACAUUCUCCACUAAGUGUGCAAUGCACUCUCCAGAUUUGAAGUCGCAUGUAACUUUUUUGGCCUGGCUAGCAGAAAUUCCAAGCCCAAUAAAAUAGAUUAGAAACCUUCUGGUAUUUCUAUUUACUAGGUUCCAUGGUGAGGCCGAAAGUGAUGCGUAGUGUCCACUAUUGCCCAGCGACGAAAAAAACACUUGAAAGGAAAUAUACUGACCUCACAACACUGGAGGCAUUCCCAUCAAGUUCCAUCUACCCUACAAAGGUAAGUGAUAUUUAGAGGCUUGCUCACUAAAGUGAAGUUCAAAUGUUAAAGGGACACUAUAGUCACCAGAACAAAUACAGCUUAAAGUAUUUGUUCUACUGUUUACAGCCUGUCCUCCUCAGAUACUUGCAGUCCACACUAUGCAGCACUGACAUUCAGUGUCUCUGCGCUCUGCCAGAGACCCUGAACUUUUCUCAUAGAGAUGUAUUGAUUUAAUGCAUCUCUACGAGGAGAUGCUGAUUGACCAGGGUGGUGUUUGGCUCUGCCCCCAGGUUGCCUCCUUGGCUGUGAUCAUCAGACUUUUCCUAAGGGAAAGCAUUGUGACUGUCUGAGAUCAUCACUCCAGCAAUGGAGGCAGGUCAGGGGCAGAGCCAGCAGCAGCAGACUGGAAUAAAGGUAAGAUUUUACUAUAUUUAGGGUGGAGCAGGGGGUAGGUUGUUUUUACCACUAUAGGGUCAAGAAUAAAUUUGUGUUCCUUUUAAAGUAAAAUUAACUGAACUGGAAAAAUUCUAAGUAUGUUUCCUGUCCAAAUUAUUUGGUCUAGAAUGUUCGUGAAUAAGUGUGUUAGUAAAUGUAAUGGCAGGUUGGAUGGAGGUGUGUGUGUGUGUGUGUGUGUGUGUGUGUGUGUGUGUGUGUUGACCAUUUCUGCUUUCUUUAUUGACGUAGGAUGAAGAGAACAAUCCUCUUGAAACUGAAUUUGGAUUGAGCACUUACAAAGAUCAUCAAACUGUGACCAUCCAAGAAAUGCCUGAGAAGGCUCCAGCAGGGCAGCUGCCUCGUUCAGUCGAUAUAAUUGCUGAUGAUGAUUUGGUAGACAAAUGUAAACCAGGAGACAGAGUGCAAAUAGUAGGCAUAUACCGCUGUCUUCCGUCCAAACAAGGUGGCUUUACAUCUGGUACAUUCAGGUGAAGUUACUGCACGAGUGGUCUUGUUUCUGCAUUGUUUUCAACUACUUUCUUUACAUAUAAACGAGGUGUUGCUUCAAAACGUUUUCUGCCUAGGCGGUUUAACAAAUGAAAAACACACAGAAAAGUAGAAAAAUCUCCUGCGCGUGGCCUUUAUGCCACAACUCUGGUAAUAAUGAAGGCUAGGAAUUCACCUAUUUUCGUUCUGCAUGCGUUUAAUGUUUACCCUAACGCUUGAUUGAUUUAUUUAUUUUUUGGUGUGUGUGUGAAUUAAUCUAGAAACUUUAUCUAGAUCGCAAAUUGAGGUCUAUAUGUAUUUUUUUUUUUUUUUGUACCAUGUUGCAUAUUAGUCAAUUAACGGAGUACUUUUAAGGAUCCACCUUGUGAAGAUGAUUUGGAGCAUUCUGAUUACCAGGUGCCGUUUUUUUUUUUGUGAUUGUGGUCGGUAUGGCAAUGUUUACACCAAUUCACGAGGAUAAAUAAAAACAAACUAUCUUUCAGAACAAGGGAUUAGACAAAUUCCAUAACUUCACGCCGUCUUACUUAAAAUGGUUGAAGGGAAAGUAGUAGGAAGGUUUCUGCAUGUGACUAAAUCGAGUGUAGUGUGGAUAUGGAAUAAUGGUAAAUUGUAAUGUCACUUGUGAAAUUGCCAUAAUCCACUAGAUGGCAGACUGCAUCACCUUUUGGUUUUCUUCAUUUUAUAUUGAAUAGAGAACUUGAACUGUCAACCAUUCACAUUUCUAUAAUAUUGGGUCAUCAUUGGAAUCUACUUUCAACCUUGGUUUGAUAUAAAAAAGAAACUGGAAAUAUUUUUUUUUUUUUCUUGUAAUCCAAAGAUUUACUUGUCGAAUGUGUCUUUUUUAAGAAUCCUGCCAACUAUUCUGAAAAGUCUGACUCCUUCUAUUGCAUUCUUACUUUAAUUGUGUUUUUUUUUUUGGUUUUUUUUUUUUGUUUUUUAAAUUGCGCAGGACAAUCUUAUUGGCCAACAACAUCAAACAGAUGAGCAAAGAAAUUGCUCCCACAUUUUCAGCUGACGAUGUAUCAAAGAUUAAAAAAUUUUGCAAAGCUCAUUCUAAAGUAAGAUGUUCGUGCAUUUUUUUUUUUUUUUAAUUUAAUUUAUUUUUUCUUCCCUAUGCUCAAAAUGCAAUAUGUCUAUUUCUAUAGGAUAUAUUUGAACAUUUAAGCAAAUCAUUAGCACCCAGUAUUCAUGGCCAUGAAUAUAUCAAAAAGGCAAUUCUGUGCAUGCUUCUUGGGGGUAAUGAAAAAGUUCUGGACAACGGAACCCGCUUAAGAGGGGACAUUAAUGUCCUUCUCAUAGGUAAGGGAAUGGUAUGUGUAAAACCUUUUGAUUUGUGCAAUAUUGGACUUCAAUUUAACUGACUGUAUAUUUUAGGUGAUCCAUCUGUAGCAAAAUCUCAGCUUCUGAGAUAUGUAUUGCACACCGCUCCUCGAGCCAUCACCACCACUGGCAGGGGAUCCUCUGGAGUAGGUUUAACAGCAGCAGUCACUACUGAUCAAGAGACAGGUGAGUUGAGUACAUCUGUGUAAUAAUCUCUUGCAUAAUUACACCCACUGUGAAAAUAACUAAAAUAUUGUACUUUCAGUGGAAGACUAGAUUGCACAUUAAAUGUUGGUGGAGGGUUGAGGGGUAAACAAAUGCAUGAAUGUAUAUUGGGAUUUUGCACAAACGUAUGAGCAGAUUGUUCCUAAAGGAUUACUCCAAGCAUGACAAGUGUUUUGAAGUGGUUAUGGUGCUUGAAGUCUGUGUAGUGUUUGUUUGCAUAGCACGUAUUGAGAUUUUUAUAAUGUUCCCACUGGUGUAACACAUCUGGCAUCAGUCAGCCCAGAACUGGAGUAAAUGUCAGCUCAGAGUAUGGAGUAAAUGCAUUCCGAACGUAUUGAAAAAUAGAAAUUUAUUAAGGUAAGAAAAUAAUUUUAAAAUGUAAAAAAAAAAAAAGCGCAAACCCUUUUUUCAAAUGUUUACUUUCUCUUGUCUCAAACUAUAAAACAUUGAUUCUUUAAAGCUACACUGGGGGAAUCUUACCUCUUAUCACACCGUUAGUUCUUCUCCAUUACUUCCCCCCUCUCCCCACUUCCUACAUCUAUAUAUGAAUUUUUAUUUAUUUUUUGCUAAUAAUAAGCUGACCUUAUUGACAAAAUAUCUGUAAACAAUGCUUUGCUUUUGCUUGCGUUUAGGUGAAAGACGUCUGGAAGCAGGUGCGAUGGUUCUAGCUGACAGGGGGAUUGUUUGCAUUGAUGAGUUUGACAAGAUGUCCGACAUGGACAGAACCGCCAUCCAUGAAGUAAUGGAGCAAGGACGAGUAACCAUAGCAAAAGCUGGAAUCCAAGCACGUCUGAACGCUCGGUGCAGUGUCCUGGCAGCUGCUAAUCCUGUUUAUGGAAGGGUAUGUUUGAUAAUUAAAGUGGGAGCAUACCAUAGAGGCUCACUAUCGCCCGAUAUCAUGUGUGGUGUCCUAUUGCUGUAAUUAUUGGGUGAUUUCACUACUAUUUGUUCAUUCCCUGAGCCAAUGAUUUUAAAGUGUUAGUCUUACUCUCUAACUUAACUUUUCUUUUAGCUUGCUAAAUCUUUUUCAUGCAUUAACUCUCUUCCCAAAAUCUUUAUUUUUAUUCAGUAUGGCCUGCUCUUUUUCUUUUUGUAUAUGGCUAACUUAAUGUAGUAAUAAUUUAUUAAUACAACUUUUUUUUUUUCUUUUUUUUUUACCCAAUGUUUCGUGUGUGUUUUUAUUUUAUUUUUUCCUUUCUCUAACCAUACUCUGUUUCCUGUCUUAUGAUGUUCUUAUAGAGGUACUGCUUCAGAAUUUAACACAACAAUUCUCCGUUAAGGUUAAACAAUAUUAAAAUGAAAAAUGUUUAGGUUUAUGGCUUACUUUUAGAACUGAUUAAAAGAAAAAAAAAAUGUAUAAUUAUUUGCAAAAAGGAAUACUUUAUUUACUUUAGCUAAAUAAAGCAGUUUUAGUGUAUAGAUCAUUCCCUUGCAAUUUCACUGCUCAAAUCACUGUCGUUUAGGAGUUAACCCCUUAAGGACAGAGCUUCAGAAGCUUGUCUUUCACUUAAUGAUAACAGCAUUUUUUGCUGUUUGCGUUCAACUGCAAUUAGCAUUAGCAAUUAGCAUUUUACUAAUAUAUCGUUUUUGUAAAGGACAGAAAGGGCUUUAAUUUGAUAUGAGAAUAUAUAUAAAAAAUAGAUGCAAAAAAAAUAGAUGCAAAAAGGUGAAUUUUUUUUUUUUUACAGUUUUUGCAAUAAUAAUGUGUGCAUAAUUAGUGCAGGUUAAAGAAAGUAAUUAAAAAUAAAUUAAUUUAGUUGUUCUGAUUUACAGAAUAUAUAAUGUGUCUGGGAUUUUGGUUUUUUUGGUAGUUACAGGUCACAAAGCACAAGGAGUAAAAUAAACUUUUAAUGUGGAGCGAUUUUAGAAUUUGGUAUAAAAUGUAAGAUAGUAGAGCUACAGUGAGAAAAUGUGUGUGUGGUAGCUGAAACAGCCACAAACCACUUAAGUGGAAACCCCUUCUACCACUUAUAUAGAAAUACAAAUAAUACAUACAAUAGGUGGAACACACAUCUGUUGAUUCUAAAAAAGAAAACAAAGCAUCAUAGUGUAAUAUGUCAAAAUAGAAUAUAGUAAAUGGCAGUAGAGCAAUAUUACUCACAAGCCUAGAGCCAGUAUGACAUAUGGCUCUAAUGUGCAGCGCAGUGGGACUCUUAAUAGGAUGUCCCCAUCCUUCUUGAUAUUCCUUCUUGGGUAGUUCGUAGGUAGCAGUUGAAAAUCGCAGUAUUCCAAUAUACUUUUCCAAUAAGGAAACUUUAUUAUUGAUGAAAAUAAGUAUUGGAUAAAAUGGAAAUAAAGCUUCCCAGUAAAAAUGCAAAAUAUAAAAAAAAGUCUAUAAUAGACAAAUAAAAGUUCAAGGUUCAAAGUUCACUUGGACAUAUACAGUCUACACCUUGAACUUUUAUUUGGACAAUACUGUCUAUUAUAGACUAUUAUAGACUUCUCCUUUCCUCUCGCCCCACCACUUGCCCGCUCUAUCCAAUGCCAUCCCACCUUAUCAGAUCUCUCUCCCCAUGCCUUGCGCCUUCCUUAACACACAUCUUCAACUGCUCUCUCUUCUGGUGUUGUCCCUGCUGACCUUGAAACGUGCCACUGUAGUACCUAUCCUGAAAAAACCCCAUCUAUUGACCCGUCCUACCCCUCUAUUGUCCCAUAUCUCUGCUCCCUUUUUCCUCAAAGCUUCUGGAAAGACUUGUCUUUACCCGUAUUUCUCACAUCCUCAAUUCCAACUCAAUCCUUGAUCCUCUCCACUCUACUUGGACUGCUCAUAUCAAAGUUACUAACGACCUAAUCGCAGCUAAAUCCAAAGGCCACUACUCCAUACUAAUUCUGCUUGACCUCUCUGCUACCUUUGACACUGUUGAUCGUGCUCUCCUUCUUCAAACUCUUCAAUCACUCUGUCCUCUUGUGGUUUUCCUCUUAUCUCUCCCAACGCUCAUUUAGCGUCUUCUUUUCUAAUGAUGCCUCCUCCCCUUGUAUAAUAUUGUAUAGCGCUACGGAAUCUGUUGGCACUAUAUAAAUGGUAAUAAUAGUAAUACUGGAUCUCCAGCUAUUGCAAGCCAAGAUUUUAUAUACCUUUUAAAAUAGAACAUGCAUACAAAUGGAUAAAUUCUCCAAGUCAUAAAUGCUUCCAGUUUAGCUACUUUUUUUUAUUUAAAAUGUGAAAUUCUCAGUGAAUUUUCAAUUUAGUAAAGAACCCUGGGAGAACUGGCACUUUGAGGGCCUCACAUUUCUAUAAAAGUAGAUAUACCAGAAUUCCAAAAAGGUAACAUAUUUGACACCCAAUAGCUAAUGCAUGAACCAAAAACCUGCAGAAAAAAUGUAAUGUGAAGUGGCAUUGACUCACUUCAGUAUGCUAUAGUGGUUAUGGUACAUAGACUGUUUCUCAGUUCAGAAUAUACUGGUACAAUGUGCAGUGCUUUCACCUUAAGUAAUAGACUUUUCUGCAGUCUUAUACCUCGCAGUAGAAAUGACUGUACUUUGAGGUACAAAUUGUGCUAACUAGAUUUUCGUGCAGUGCGGAAAAUUCCUAAUAUUCUGUUUUGUAAUGGCACAGUAUGAUCAGUAUAGAACCCCGAUGGAAAACAUUGGUUUGCAAGACUCUCUGCUUUCAAGAUUUGACUUGCUGUUUAUCGUUCUGGACCAAAUGGACGCAGACAACGAUAGAGAAAUUGCUGAUCAUGUUCUGCGAAUGCAUAGAUAUCGAUCCCCUGGAGAGCAAGAUGGAUAUGGUAAUUAUUUAAAUUUUUUAGAUUGUAUGUGUUUCAGUAAAACAUUUCUAGAAACCAUUUAAAAUGUGUAUAUAACAGAGGGAGGUUGUUUAAUAAAAAAAUUAAAAUAAAUAUAAAUCAGGACUUCCUGGGGUCCUUACUAAUGCUAAAGGGAACCAUAAUUGCACAUUUCUGGUGUCCCAUCAGCCAGUAGGUGUUUGAUGGAACAUGGGGCUUAAGACUGGGAUAAAUGGUGCUAGCUCAGGAAGGUGAGAAGAGCAGCCUUACCACAAGUCAACAGGACAGGUGAUGGAACACCUCCACAAGGUGAUGGAACACCUACACAUCUCACAAUGCACAUGGUUUGAAGGAAAAUCCACCUUAUCUAGUCUUAGUGAACAGCUUUAACUUGAUUUGUGCUGCUAUUGAUGGCUGAAUAUCAUUCACAGGAUUAAUGAGCAGCUUCUAGUAUCUGAUAUUAUCAAUUUGUCAAUAACCACUCUGGUUUGGCUUACAGCAAUGCCUCUUGGCUGCAGUGUUGAGAUUUUUGCCACAGAUGAUCCAAAUGCUGGCAAUGCGGCAGACCAAGAGCUGCAGAUUUACGAGAAACAUGAUAAUCUUCUCCAUGGUCCCCGCAAAAGGUUUGUGCCAGAAUGAAUUCAACCAUCAAUUUAUUUUUUUCGACAAUCUUUAUUUUUUAUAUUUUAGUUGUCAACAGUUGUAUCAAUACAACCGCAUAAAAAGAAGGUAUGCAACAAUAGUAUAGGAACAACAGGCGUAAGGGAGAACAUUAGGGACAUGUCAUUUUUGUGUGUCGGUGGUCUAUAUUGCUAUACCAAGUUACAGUAGGUGUCUGUCAGACCUGAUUAUCAGUCAUAUAUUUGUGUGGCGUUCUGUGGGCAUGUCCUCAGGAGAUGGCACGUAUCCCUAUCGGGAGCUCAUGCCACGGGUUUAUUUUCCAUGGAAUAUUUCCCUAUAGUUUACCUGGGCCAGGGUGUGUAGUGUUCUGUAUGUAUCCUCCCUCCCGCUCCCUGUGUUUAGGUUAAUAAGCAAUUGUUAGUGGGUGCGGUCAUAGGGUAGCCAUGUCGUCUACUUUUAGCCAGUUAAUAUCUCUACAUUUCCUGUGGGUGGGCUCCAGGUGUCAGGCAAUGUGAGGACCCUGUGAGUAGUCUGGGAGGUUGGGGACGAUGGCUCUCCUAGUGCCCCGCGAGCCCGUUCACCUCACCCCCCCACCCACCCGGGUCACCAAGUACCACUGUGCCCGAUGUUGGUAGUGCUGUGUAGACCUGUUAUUGGCGGUAAGCCCUCUUUACCUAUAGUCCCGUGUGAGUCCAGUUCUCUGGGUGUCUUCCGGUCAAGCUAACUAUGUGGCUGCCCACGGCAGACUUAUUUGUCAGGGGGUGUAGGGUGGAGUGCUCUCCCCCUUGUCUGUGAGGUGUCGUCUGCAAAAGAUCGAUGCACCCCACCCAGGUCUUUACGGGGCAUUAUGGGACCUAAGGUGCUUGUCCCCCGGCGGUCGGUGGAAUUGUAGUUUUUGUCCCCCGGGUGCAGCCACCUUUUAAACGCACGAGAAUUAGACCAUCAAUUGACAAUUAUAACUAUUAGACAAAAUUGGAGCUGAUAACAGGGGUUUACUGGCUCUACUUGGCAAAAUAUAGGUAAAUUCACUUGAAGCAUUUUGCAUAGCAGAUUGGUAAAGUUGGUAAACUAUUUGUAUGUUCUAUUUACUGCAUUAAUUUUUUUAAUUUUUUUUUUUUUGCAUUCCCAAAAUGUAUAUUGUAACUGUUUUGGAUUCAACCACGUGCUACUUCUUGGGCGGGGCACCAUAUUGUGCAAUCACAUUUGUUUCAAUAUAUCCUUGAGAUGCAUGUAAAACUUGGCUCAGUGGCCAUUAGACUUGUGCAUUUGGGUUCUUCCAAAUUGAAAUUUUUGCAUGGCAGUGUGGAGAUACAGACUUUGUCUGAACACUCAAUUGUCCUUAAUUUAUCCAAACUACUAGCAUGAUGCCUGACUACUUUCAGAUGAUUUUUAGGUUUUUUUUGUUUUUGUUUUUUUUCUUCUAAACAGCUAAGUUUGCCAUGAUGGACAAAUUCUGCCCAGUUAUGUUAACUCUAUCUCCUGUCCAAUCAACAGGCUAUGGAAUAAACUCGCCCUCCACCUGCCCCAAAUUCCUAGAGUAUGCAUGUCUUCAAGGAAACACAAAGUGAACUUUUAUACACCAUACAUUCUUAUGUCUUCUGGUUUCCUUCGUGAGUUCGGUUGGCAGUGGGCUUGUUGCUAGGUUCCAGAAACACAGGGCUUGAGCCCAAAGUAAAACUCAGUGAUUCCUACGCUAAUACAAUUAAAGUGAGCGUUCAAAGUGAAUUUCAUAUUUACAGUGGUAAUAACCACAUCAGUCCACUAUGCUUUUAAUUUUGCUACUUGGACGUUAAACUAGAAAUGUACGUUUAAUUCUUACUUUAAUGAAUAACCAUGUAUCAGGUGGGGAUAUGCCAUGGCAGUUUUCCCCAUCGGUGGCAGAAAUGCCUCUGCCACGUGUUCUUGGACGGGCUAGCUUCCUGCCAAAAGACUAAGGGCCCUUUAAAAACUUAUGUGAUUUCUGAACUUUUGUACUCCAUAAGGAGACACUGACCUUUGGCCUUAAUUCCCAGGAACUGUUUUGGGCAUAUGACCAUGUGCACGGUCAGUCAAAAUUAUGACUUCUAGGAAAUUCCUGAACCGAUCUGGGUGAUUUUAGGAUAUGUUGGUCACUCAGAUCGGGGCUAUCAGGGGAUGUAACUUUUGUGUGUGUUUCUGUGCUUGGAGAUGAUUGGAUUAGUACAGUUCCUGAUUCAAUUAUCUCCCGGGCACAGAGGAGGGAUUAUCUCAUUUGUGUAUGGGAGUGUCCUGGACCUGAGAUCUAAUGCUAUUGUGUGGUUAUUUUUACUGAAGUCUACUCUCAGGUGCAGGGGGAGUGCCCCUUGCAUGGGGACCUGCAUGCAAGACCAGUUGUGGCUGCCAAUAAAUGAGUUCCUGCCUGCCCUUAACAUAGUCUCAUCUCGUGUGUGGGGAACAGCUGUAUCUGCUCUUAUGAUUGCUAUAUCACUAUACUUGUCUGGGUUAUAAUCACUUGCUCUAAGAGCAGCCUGCUACACUCUCUCUGGAGGACGGUGACACACCAGCCAAGCUGUAAUGCUGGAAGUGGGCACUACGGUGCUGAUGGUGUCUGGAGUGCUUGUAAGUACUCAGAGGUACUAGGAAGCGGCGAUUGGAGGAGGCACCCAGUAGGGGUGCCAGGUGGUCCGUCACACCAUCUUUUUACAUAAUGUUCAUGUCCUCUCUCUACCCAUGAACAUAGUUCAGCUGAUGCUGUCAAGGAUCUCUGUAAAAGCAGACACAAAUAAGCAUAUACUGCUCAGCCAGAUAUUCAAUGUCUGUGCUGUGCUUUCCGAACAAAGAGAGGAGUGCAACAAAGUUCUGUUCAAAUAUCCCCUUCCAACAGUCACCCCCAACCCCUGAGGAACCUGAUGGCAUUCUACUUCUGGGCAUCAGUCCCCUUAGAAAUGUCAGUCUUUGACAGAAUAUAUCCUAUUGUCCUAUAUUCUUUAUUCCACUCUCUCCUGAACAUCUAUACCAUAUGCAACUACUAAAGCCAUUCUUGAUAGCUGAUUUAAAAAAAGUUUGUUAAAUUAAAAAAUUAUAAAAUCUGUAUUCAGUCAGUUUAUAUAUAUUUUUUUCCCCCCCUCCUUCCUCCCAACAUAAGCAAAUCAAAGGUUGUAAGCAUGCAGUUUAUUCGGAAAUACAUUCAUGUUGCUAAGCUGAUGAAGCCUGUUUUAACACAUGAAGCUUCUGAACAUAUAUCUCAUGAAUAUGCGAAGAUCCGAAGUCAUGAUCAAAUGAAUAAUGAUCGUGCGAGGGUAUGUACUUUUGAAGCCUAAUUUAACUCAUGGACCUGUGUAAUUGUAUAAAGGGUUAGAAAACAAACAUUUAUCUUUAUUGUGAUAGGUGUUUUAUAAAUAAUCAUGACUGCAUCUCUCCCAAUCAACUCAUAACAUAUUUGGCAGGUAAAACAAGACAAACUGACUAACAAAAGGUUGGAAGGUGGGGCCAUAAUAGAUGGAAAUACUGCUGAGGAAGGUUACAAAGGAUGAGGAUUUAAGGCGUGAGCCAAUACUCUUAUUUAAAGCAGUGUUUAGGGAAUGACUGCAAAGGUUGGGUAGUUGAAUCUGAUGAAGGAGGGCAUUCCAUUAGAAAGUGACAAUCCUGGCGUAAUUUGUAGGGGAAAAUCUAGGGUGCGGGUGCAAGAAUGGGAUAAAAACAGGUCAUUGGUGGAGUGAAGAGGCUGAGCUGAAGCAUAUCUAAUAAUGAGCAAGGAAGUUUAAGCAGGGGCACAGUUAUGGAGAUCUUGUGUAGGCAAGCACAAGAUCAUUACACUGACCUCCUAUCUCACUUUAGGAUUUUGUUGAUCUGUUCCUAUAGCUAGAAAAAACUAAAUGUGCAGAAAAUGUCUUGUCAAUAUUUUGUUGGUACUAAGCACACAUUAUUUUCUUAGACUAUGCCAGUUACUGCCAGAGCUUUGGAAACCAUGAUCCGUUUGGCUACUGCUCAUGCAAAGGUCAGGAUGAGCAAAACUGUUGACAUUCAAGAUGCUGAAACUGCCCUUGAGUUGGUUCAGUUUGCGUAUUUUAAAAAGGUAUGCAUCAGCACAACAGGAAAUGUGUGGAAAUGGACACUGCAUUAUGUCUAUUGAUCCUUGCUCGUUUUUUUUUUUUUUUUGUCUCCAAUAAAUGUAAUCUGUCCGAAAAGGCAACUGUUUUCAACAGUCAGUGUUCUAGUCUGUACUACUGUGUAUAAUUAUUGACAGGAGAUUCUCGUUUCGAAUUUGGCAAUCGGUUAUGUUUGUUUAGGUUAUUUGUAUAACCAUAUGAAUGUUUUUCUUCCACAAUUCCUGUUUAGUAAUGAAAAACUAGACUUGGAAUUACUUAAAAAUUCUUGGUAUUCUAAAGGAAAUAAAACCUUCAUAGACAGAUUAUGCGGCCCUAUUAUUAUUAUUAUUUAUUAUUACCAUUUAUAUAGCGCCAACAGAUUCCGUGGUGCUUCUUACCAAUACUUAAACCACCUCUUACCACUUUGACUUGGCUGUCUCUCCAGCCUUUCCUGAAUUGUACUCCUGAUCAGGCUUCAUUUACCUACAAAGGAAUUUUAACUGAUGCAUUAUUCACCUAGAUAAUCAUAUGCAAUUGCCAAUCAAGCUUGCUUACUGACAAAAUCUUACUGUUGGCAUUCAUGAUCAUAGUCAGCAUAUUUCUGUUUUUGCUGCACACCCUAUCAUUUGUAGGAUUGAUACAUUUUUUGGAUUUUCUUUUUGUUUUUGCCAGAAGAGGUGAGACUAUAAUAUGGCUUAAAUAUUUGAUAUAAACAAAUUCUCACAUGCAUGGGUAAAUACUUGAGCUGACCACUAAGAAUAUAUGUAAUUCUGCAUGAAGGUACGCAAAAUCAUCUAAAUUAAAGUAUAAAAAAGUUUAAUACAAACCCUGGGAAUUUACGUUUUUGGUGGGUUUGUUUUGUUUUUUUCUUCUCUCUAUGCUGUGCGUAAAUUAAAGCUGUUUAAUUUGUACCCGGGAGGGCAAAUUUUUCUAUAUUCACUUAUUACAAAAUUGUAGUGAAUUGAAAACUGAAUUGCAUUAACUGAUGUAAAGAGGUUUUGGAAACCUUUUCAAAUGUUCCUAUAGUUACAGCUUUUGAUGCUUUUAUACCUAAAUUUUGCAAUUCCGUUUUCAAUUGCCUACAGUUUUGUUGGAAUAGAGCUGCAGAGUCAGAUUAAGAUUACGCAGGGACCUUGAACCUGGUGUCCUGGUCUGUGAAUGAGUGUGUGUUUAAGUGGUUGAUGUGUGCCUGCAAGUUCUGGUUAAGCGGUAUCGGUUGUCUGCUUUUAUCAGAUCCACAUUCUCUCUCGGUCCACUUGGAUCUCUCCCUUUAUCAGACCCACUUGUUUGCCUCCAGUCUCUCUUCCUCUGUUCAUCCCUCUUUUCUCUCUUGUUCUCCUCUCCCACUUUUAAGUCUUGCCUUUAACCUGUGCUAACCAAUGGCAAACAGGAUAUAGCAGUUGCCGCUCUUCCUGUCCUCCUAUUAGUUCCCAUGCAGUGCAGCUUCACUAUGUGGAGGAGGCAAAGCUAUGAUGUACGAUCCUUUGCCCACCCUCUCCUCACAGACCUCUCACGUAGGAUUUUAUUUGCUGUCAUUCUGCACUAGAAAAGGUUAUAAUUGUAGAUGAUUCUCGGCAAGUUGAAUUAUACAAGUAAUAGCUCUGUAAAAUAAAUAUUGUGGGCUAAUUGGGGAGAUCUGCAGAUAACCCACCUGGUCCCAGGAUGCAUAGCUGCAUAGCUGCAGUGGAGUCCCCUGUUACAUAUGUGCUCCUGUCUUUGGUGGCCACCUAUGCCACCUUAUGGGUAAUCUGGCUCUGUGGAGCUCUGGUGGUAGAUUCUUUAUCUAGAGGUAGUCUCUAAAAAAAAAAAAUUUAUUACAAAAACUGGGUAAACAGUUUGACAAAAUUUGGUUCUCUUACGGCACCCAAUGCCACACUGAUAACCUGCACCUUACACCUUCUCAAGUGUGAAUCUGUUCAAAGGUUUAUAGUCUUAGUUCCUUUUGAAUCUCAACCCUAUCUUUGCUUUAAGAAGUUGUGUUUAACACCCAGAUGCAUUGCAAAGGGUGUCUGCAGAAUGAAGUCUGAAACAUGAGGAAUGUGUCUGCUUGUUUGCACGUAGAGAUCGGAAUUUUGGGUGAAUGGUGGAUGUGAUUUCUUGGAAUUUUUGUGCCCAAGAUGGUCCUUGAAAUGUAGAUGCCCCACAACAGUAAAUUUUGAAUGUGUUUUAUGUAUAUACCCUUAUGCACUUAUGUCAUGCAUUUUCAUUUCAUUGCUUUGUUUUAGGUGUUGGAAAAGGAAAAGAAAAAGGUUAUUAAAGAUAAAACAGAAGACUCAAGCCAAGAAACCCCAAGUCAAGAGGGCCCACGGUAGGUACCAAGGCUGUCACAAACUGCAAUGAACUAAACAAAGUAACUACAAAUCGUUUCACAUUUAUAUCUUUUUGUAGGAAAAGUUCUAGACGGGCAGGAAAAACUACAGACUCACAAGAUGACUCUAUGGACCCCUAUGCGUUCAGUCAGGGAGAUAAUGAAAGUGAAUGUAAGUGCUUAAUUGUAUUAACUCGCAUGGUGUGUUAAAAUGAUUUUACAGUUUAAACUUCAGCUAGUAUAUUCUCACACCAUGGUUUCAGUUUUUGUAUUUUUUUUGUUCCUUUUUUGUUUUGUUUGUUCCUUUUUAAAAAAAAUUUAUUAUAUCACUUUUGAGGAAAGUCUGAAUUGACAAUUUUUUGCCUACGAGGAAGACCUUCGGGCGGGUGUGUGUGUGUGUGUAUAUAUAUAUAUAUAUAUAUAUAUAUAUAUUUUUUUUUUUUUAAUUUUUUUUUUUAAGCUUUGUCUUCAAGCUGCCACCUCCAAAACAUGGAAGUUGCCUUAGAAGUCCUUUACAAAAUAUGUAAAGACAUCCGAUAGACAUCCUAAAGUGACAGAGCUGUUUAAAAUUACAAUUUAAAAAAAACUAAAACUGGGGCAAAUGCAAAUAAGCAUCUGCAUGAAAUUUUGGAACAUAAUGGAAGCAAAGACUGUAACCAGGAAUGCGAGGUGUAUUUAAAAAUUGAAGCUCAUAAUAUUUUGUGUGUCUAUAAAUGUUCUCCCUUGUUUUUGUAGUAAUGCCGAUUAAUUUUUUUACAGCACUUUCUCAGAGUAUGAGAACUCCAAGAAAGGUAUCUGAAAGCCAAGGAGACGAUCCACACAAGAGCUUGUUGAGCCAGACCCGGUAAUGAUGCAUUGUAGCCAAUUCAUACCUUCCAGCAUUUCAAAUGGCCAAAGAAGGGUGGAUGUGUGUGAAGGAGCAGGGUUCUUCAAGACUUUUGGAUGACUUCAUGACAUAUCAGUAGAAAGGCUUUUUGUGAAAAUCUUAGAUGUUACUUUCCCUUAAAUUGUACCACCAUUUCUUCUUGGUGGUUGGAGAACAAGAACUUAUUGGGUUAACAAGAGUUUAUUUUUAUUUAUUUUUUAGGGAAAUUACCAUUGUUUAUAUAUAUAUAUAUAUAUAUAUUUUUGCUACAUCAGGCUUUAUUGCACUAAAUAAAAGCCCACAUUGUUCAUUGUCUUAAAUUAAGUGUCUAAUAAGAUUUAUGGAAAAUUGUAUUAAAGUUUGACAUUCUCGGGGAGUAAAUACUGACCGGAUGUUACUGUAUUUUGUUUCUCCUUCUCUAUAGAAUAAAGGAGUUUAAAGCAGCUCUAUUGAAAGCCUUUAAGAGCACACGCUCUCAGUCGGUGACCGUGACUCAGCUACUAGAACUGAUCAACAAAGGGAACAUUAACACAUUCGAAGCUGAUGAAGUUAAACAGGCGCUGGACAACAUGCAAAAUGACAACCAAGUAAUGGUGGCUGAUGACGUUGUAUUCUUAAUAUAA